AUGGCGGCGGCCAUCGCCAGCUCCCUGAUCCGGCAGAAGCGCCAGGCCCGCGAGUCCAACAGCGACAAGGUCGCCACCAACAAGAGGCGCUCGAGUCCCAGCAAGGACCCGCGGUCUCUGUGCGAGCGCCACAUCUUCAGCGUCUUCAGCAAAGUCCGCUUCUGCAGCGGCAAGAAACGGCCGGUCCGCCGGAAACCAGCCCUGUUCAACCUGAUCCCGGUGGGUUUGCGGGUCGUGGCCAUCCAGGGAGUGAAGGCUGGACUGUACGUGGCCAUGAACGCCGAGGGAUUCCUCUACACAUCAGAUGUGUUCACAGCAGAGUGCAAGUUCAAGGAGUCGGUGUUCGAGAACUACUACGUCAUCUACUCGUCCACGCUGUACCGGCAGCACGAGUCGGGCCGAGCCUGGUUCCUGGGCCUCAACAAGGACGGAGUCAUCAUGAAGGGAAACCGAGUGAAGAAGACCAAACCCUGCUCACACUUUGUCCCCAGACCCAUCGAAGUCUGUAUGUAUAAAGAGCCGUCGCUGCACGAGUUGGAGGAGAAGCUGCUGAAGUCCUCGAGGAGCCCGACGCUGAACAGCGAGGGUCGGCCGAGGAGCCUGGCUCAGGAGGCGCAGCAGCAGGAGGACUCCACAGAGCAGGACGGGUCGUAGCCUGCAGCGCCCCCCGCAGGCGGAGCAGGAGAACUCCCAUUUUAACACUCCCUCUGUUCAGCAACAACGACAACCACACGACGACGACGACAACAACAACAAACCGCCACGACGACGACGGCAACGAAA